GUUAAUUGUGUGAUGAUUGAUGCUGGAUUUGGUAAAAAAGACCACAACUCGAUCACCAUAAUUACAAUUGAGAGAUGCUGAAACCACUAAAUAACAGAGCACUGGCCCCAAAUUGGAUUAAACGAUUUAGUGGAUCAUAUACUAGUAGUAAAAAAAAAAAUAAAAUAAAAAAAUAAUUUUUAUUUAUUUGAUUUUCCCUCACAAAUUUAAAAAUAAUUCUUCAAACCACCGCGACUUUCAAAUUCCUCGUUCUUCAUGCACACCCAAACUAAAAUCAUCGCAGUCCACACGUCUUUUUUUUCUCCUUUCCUUGCUGUUACAAUUUCACAACCACAUCUUCUAUCUCUUUCCAUAUAAAUACCCUUUCUCUCUUCUCUUAUCCAUUUCAACUCAACAACUCAAACCCAACACAACAACAACAUUAACUCUAUUCUUAAUUUCUUAUUCUUAUCAUUCAAAACUAAAAUACUCAAGUCCUAUAUUUUUACUACUUUUCAACAAAGAUGGUUGAUUUACAUUGGAAACUAAACAUGCCCAAUUCAGACAUGUCUUCCAAAUCUCCAAAACUUUCUCUCUCCGAAAAAUCAUCACCACGCAAAUCCCUACCCUCAUUACAACUACCUUCAAUCUCCAACGACAUCGCAGCAGCCGCACAACCUCUUUGUGCAGCUUACGACCACUAUCUCCGUCUCCCAGAGCUUCGCAAGCUUUGGGAAACAACAGAAUUCCCCAACUGGAGUAACGAACCAAUCAUAAAACCAGCUUUGCAAGCACUCGAAAUCACAUUCCGUUUUAUCUCUACGGUUCUCUCUGACCCAAGACCAUACGCAAAUCGUACAGAAUGGAACCGUAGACUUGAAUCUAUUGCUACACGUCAGAUUGAGAUUAUUGCCAUGCUAUGCGAAGACGAGGAACAAAACCCGGAGACACGUGGCACUGUACCAACCGCUUAUCUCAGCAGCGGCGAUAGCAAAAUCAGAAGCUAUAGUGAAACGAGUCUUCUUCCAAUUCUUGCCACGUGGUACAAAUCAAAGGACGUAGCACAGAGGAUUCUUCUCUCUGUAGAAUGUCAAAUGAUGAGGUGUUCUUAUACGCUAGGUUUGGGUGAACCGAACCUCGCUGGAAAACCGAGCCUCAAAUACGACACCGUUUGUAAACCAAACGAAGUUCACGCUCUCAAAACGACGCCGUACGAUGACCGAAUCGAUAACUACGAGAAUCACGCUGUGCACGCGACGCACCAGAUCGUGGAAUCAUGGAUCCACGUUUCACGGAAGCUUCUAGAAAGAAUCGUUGAAUCAAUUCAAGAAAAAAGAUUGGAGAAAGCAACGGAGAAUUGUUACGCGGUGGAGAGAAUCUGGAACCUUCUAACGGAGGUUGAGGAUAUUCAUCUGAUGAUGGAUCCAGGCGAUUUCUUGAAGCUGAAGAAUCAAUUAUCGAUGAAAUCUUCUCGUUACGAAACGGCGGCGUUUUGCAUGAGAUCGAAGGAAUUGGUUGAAGUAACGAAGAUGUGUAGAGAUUUAAGGCAUAGAGUGCCGGAGAUAUUGGAAGUUGAGGUGGAUCCGAAAGGUGGACCGAGGAUUCAAGAGGCGGCGAUGAAGCUUUACGUGGCGGAGAAAAUGAGUGGAUUUGAGAAGGUUCAUUUGUUGCAGGGUAUGCAAGCUAUUGAGGUUGCUAUGAAGAGAUUUUUCUAUGGUUACAAACAGGUGUUGGCGGUUGUAAUGGGAAGUUCUGAGGCUAAUGGAAACCGAGUUGGACUGAGUUGUGAUGGCGGUGACUCGUUGACUCAUAUGUUCCUUGAACCUACCUACUUUCCAAGUUUGGAUGCUGCUAAGACUUUUCUUGGAUACUUUUGGGAUAAUGAUAAUAAAUGGGUGUGAAAAAUAAGAUAAUUUAAUUUAAAUUUAAUUUAAUUUAAUGGUAUCAUGGUAAUUUACUUUUAUUUUAAAUUGAUAGUGAAAAAUACAUCAAAGAUAAUAGAUAAUAGUGGAUUAAAUCAAGAAAUUCUUUCUUUUUUUUUUUUUUGGUAGAGUCUUUCUUUCUUUUUUAAAGUGAAGUGGAUUAAAUUUUGUAAGGGUUUGUUGUAUGCCAAUAUUAGUGAAAUAUUUUAACAAAUUUUUGCUAA